UCUGUGACGUCCGUGCGUCUGUCAUUACAAUUUGUUGUAUUUUUUGUUUCUGACAAAAGUCACGAAGUCAAAGCAAGCUGAGCUUGUGUUCGAUGUGGACUAGUGUUUAUUGAAUGAUGUGCAGUGCCUUGUUGCUUGGACAUGCAACUUAUCUUUUAAGUAACAUGUUUGUUUUCUAGCUUCGUUCGCUGGUCUCGUGUGAACUAUGUCACAAAUAACUUUUCGUGUUAAAAUGUUUAGUGAUAAUGUUUGUGUUUUGUGCUUGGUGCAUUUAUUAAUAUUAUUAGCACUGACAAAGAGCGCUGCGGAAGCUCAGGAACCAAGACAGCCAGCAUUAGACUUUAACAAGCACAAAUUAAUUCAGCCUAUAGUCCAUCAUGGAAGAACAAAAAGAGAGAUAUCUUCAACGAGAGACACGAGCGGUGCACAUCAUUCAGAGGUGACAGUGACAGUCCCUAUAGAUGGCCAGGAGUACAUCCUGGACCUGAGACUGAACCACGACUUAGUGACGGACAACCAUGUACUUAGGUACCAGAAGAAUGGCAAGACUGUCACUUACAAACCUACGAAAGAGGAUAUAGACUUAUGUCAAUACUCAGGCUCGGUGAGGGGCAAGCCUGGUUCCUGGGUAGCAGUGUCUACGUGCCAUGGUAUACGGGGGAUCGUGUUCGACGGAGAAAGGAUGAAAUAUAUCGAACCGGCUGAAGGUCCAGAAAUACAAUCGAACCACUACAUCUACGACCAUGGGGAUCUGAAUAAUGAGUACCACUGCGGUUAUGAAGGCGGAGUGACGCACAAUGCUAGCUAUGACCCGGAACUCUUUCACAAGUACCACAGAGAGAAGGAUAUGCAGAAGAGUCGGAUUACCAGGUACAAAAGAAACGCAGACGACACAGAAGUCCGCGGGCCUUACAACGCGAACAAACUAUCUCGGUAUGUCGAGUUAGUGCUAGUUGCAGACAACCGGGAGUAUAAAGCUAAUGGCGAGAACAUACAGACUGUGUAUCGGCAGAUGAAGGAUGUCGCUAAUAUUAUUAAUUCGGUAUACUCCCCACUGAACAUUUUCAUAGCCCUAGUAGGUGUAGUGGUGUGGUCGGAAAAUGAUGAGAUUGUUCUAGAAGAAAACGGAGAUAGAACGCUCAAUAACUUCUUAGGGUAUCGGAAGUCGGUACUCGUUAAGGAUAUACCUAAUGACAAUGCUCAGUUGUUAACACGGCAAAAAUUCACUGAUGGAGUUGUAGGCAAAGCUUUAAAAGGUCCGAUAUGUACGUACGAAUUCUCUGGGGGGGUUUCCACCAACCAUUCCGAGGUCAUAGGCCUAGUAGCCACUACUAUUGCUCACGAAAUGGGACAUAACUUCGGCAUGGAACAUGAUACUGAUGAUUUGUGUCAAUGUCCUGAUGCUAAAUGUAUUAUGAGCCCUUCUAGUACUUCGGUUACGCCGAUACACUGGUCGUCUUGUAGUUUGAAUUCGUUGGCCUUGGCUUUUGAGAGGGGCAUGGAUUAUUGUCUAAGGAACAAACCGAAGCGUCUAUUCGAAUCCCCAACAUGCGGCAAUGGUUUUGUCGAGCCUGGUGAACAAUGUGACUGUGGGACCCUGGCUGACCCCACGGCGUACAGCCCGUGCCACGCGUGCUGCGAGCCUGGCACGUGCAUGCUGCGCUCCAACGCCACCUGCGGCGCCGGCAUGUGCUGCGACCUGCAGACGUGUCGUCCUAAAGCGGCGGGCACAGUAUGCAGGUCAGCGGACCGAGAGUGUGACCUACCCGAAUAUUGUACCGGCCACUCGGAGUAUUGUCCCGAUGAUGUGUACAAGAUGGACACUACCAACUGCGGGAAGGAUGGAGAGAAGGCGUACUGCGUCCGCGGUUCCUGUCGCUCUCACACUGACCAGUGUCGUCUACUGUGGGGAACGACCGGCGAGAGCUCGCACGAAAAGUGUUAUUACAGCACCAAUGUUAAAGGAAACAAGAGCGGCAACUGUGGUUACGACCGUCUAAACGUGGCAUACAAACAGUGCAAUGUACGCGACGCGUUGUGCGGCACGCUACAGUGUCGGCACCUCAACGAGCGCCUCGAGUUCGGCAUGGAGUCCGUCGCCACGCUCGCUGCCGUCUUCAUCAAUAACAAUGGCACGAUAAUACCAUGUCGGACGGCCAUCAUAGAUUUGGGUCUGAGCGAAGUGGACCCUGGUUUAGUUCCCGACGGAGCCAAGUGUGGCGAAGAUAUGAUGUGCUUGAAGCAACGUUGCAUCCCAGUGCAGAUGGAAAGAGAUAGAAUAGCCAAGAUGGAGUCGUCUGUCUGUCCCUCCAACUGCUCAGGUCAUGGUGUCUGUAAUUCUGCCGGUCACUGUCACUGCGAGGCGGGAUUCGCGCCGCCACUGUGCGCGUUGCCGGGUCCGGGUGGAUCAUUUGAUUCGGGUCCAGCUACUGAUCCUACUAUCCAACGCAACUUCAUGGUGGCUAUGUACGUGAUCUUCCUGGGCAUCAUACCUGCAAUCCUAUUGGUGCUCUUCCUCAUCUACUACUCUCGUCACAACGUGCUGCUCUGGUGGAAGAAACCGCGCAAAUCGGCCCCAUCGCCAAAGAAAGCAAGCUUACAACACCGACUAUCGCGCAGCGCAAGUAAAUUCGCCGCCAAUUUCCAAAACAGUACUCAAAAUAACGCUCAGCCCGUCAACGUUCAUACAUUGUCUAACCCUGACGAUAUGAGCUCCAGUCUUCUACGAAGUGACUCCGACCGAAGCCCCCCUGGUAAUAUUAACCCUUCUGUUAAUUUCUUCGGCAAUUUCAAAGGAUUUUCACUCACCCCCAUAGAAAAGAACGCCCCCACAGAGAAAGAUGAAACUGAGGUCCCCAUAACUCAUAAACCUGUCAAAAGUAUCGCUGAAAGUCUAAACAAAAGUGCAAAAAUCACGCCCGUACAUAGAAGCGGGAGCAACAGUCAGAGUAUUGUCAACCAAGGAGUUUUAAAACCCGUUCUAAGAAGCGCCCCACCGUUACCCGUAGUUCCUUCUACAGCUAAAACCAGCCCAAAGACAAGUCCCUCAGUUAAACGCACAAACAGCACUGUGCAGAACAAAAUUAAAGCUUUAAUGAGUAAUGAGAAAACUGAGGAUGUUACUCCGCCCGUGGUUGCUAAUCCACCUCCGAGACCAGUUAUAUCCAGUCCCAUUCUAGAAGCUUCUACGUGUACGGCUAAAGAACUUAUAUCUCCCCUACAAGGGUCUAAGACUUUGGGGCCUAUAAGAGCGGCCCCUACGGUACCUAUAACCCCAGAUUUUCCAAAAAGACCUUUGAGCAUGCAUUCCGCCGGUGUGCCUCAAAAACCUCUUCCUGAGGAACCGAAAAAAGUUAAAGAAGGGAUAUCAUUAAACCGCAUAGCAUCAUUCUUGAAACAUGAUAAGCAUGAUAAACCGAAAGAAAAAGAGAGGAAUCCAGUCGAAAGAAGUCACUCGUUACCUAAAAACCCGAAUCACCAAGUUAAAGUUUCAAAAGUCGAUAAAGGGGCUUUGAGAAACUUGCAGAUUUCCAAUCCAAUACUGCAAAAAGAGAUUGAAUUACCAGUCAAAUCCGUUUCGGUGGUCUCAGAUUCUGAAGAUGGGGAUGAUCCAAAGGCCUUUGUGAAUCGAGCUCAAAGUAUGCGAGCCCCAGCCAGUCAGAAGCCUGUCUUGCAAAGCUUUGGUUCUAUGAGAGCGGCGCCACCGGCUCCUAGGCCCUUAUCUGUAGUGGGGAGACCCACCGCCCCUCCACCGCCUUUACCAAAUCACUCCGACCCUAUCCCACCACCACCGAACCCAAAACCACAGCCUGAAAUCAAGCAGACAGAUUACGUCGACUGCAUAGAAGAAAAACAGGCACCUUUAGCUCAUAUAGCUGAAGAAUCUAUGGACAACAUCUACGCGGUUAUUGAAGAGAGUCCUGAGAAACGUUCGAAGCCCUUACCUGGGGUUCCGCAACCCGUUAAAACGAUCCCACAACCACCUCCCGAGGGGUACAAUACUCCUAAAGUAAUCCCUUCAAACUCCGGCAGUACUGAAAGUAUGGGAUUACUCGGAGAGAUUGUAAACGAAAUUCAAAAUCGUAACUUCGAGUCUAUAUACUCAGCUUCAACUCUUUCUAGAAAGAAAGAGAAGGAAAGAAAGGCAAAGGCUGCAGCUGAAAAUAAAGAUAACAAUAGAGAUAGUACGUACAUGAAUUCGGAACAUUAUAAAACGCCUGAGAGUGUUUAUAGCAAUUCUGGCGCCAAAUCUAACGUGUCUACGACUAGUAGUGGAUACUUACAUCCAUCAGCGGUCAACGUACCUACUUAUUUAAAAAAGGAUGAGCCCAAAGAAGAAGAUAAGGCCCCGCCCCUUCCGGGACCUAAUUCUAAGAUCCCAACGUUUUCAAGACAAGUGACCCCACCUGCUCUCAAAAGCACAUCCACGUUCAAAAACGUGCCACAAUCGCCAAAGGUCAUCAAAAAUUCUAACUUAACUCCUAAAAUAAUGAACAGCCCAGACCUAGUUUCGAGCUGUACAUUACCUGAAGCAAAGAAUGUUAAACCACCUGACGUGAUAAACAAUAAUAAACUGCCAAAUGAUACAAAGGCGACUACAAAGCCAGCAGUGACGGCUAAGCCUAAUGACAACCGACCUCCUUUAAGGCCGGCGCCCACAGAACCUAAGAAACCGAACAAAAUCACGCCACCACUCAAACCAGUUAACUCAAACUCUAACUUAAACAAAGUGACAGAUAAAACUCCGCCCGCGAACCGUGCCAUUUCAAAAGUAGACUCCGUCAAAGCUAUAGCGGACAACUUAAAUAAGAACAAACCUAAGGUAGUUCCCAAACCCCCCACAGUCGUCCAAAGGACGGAUAACAAGCCUAACCAAACAAAACUGACGGCUAAACCAUCGAAUGUUGCCAGUUUACAGCAGAAAUUCGAAAAUAGAAAGUCGUUAGGCAAAGAGGUUGCCGUUACAAAAAAAUGAAAGUUUACAAAUGGCGUGUAAUUUAAUUGAGUUAUCUAGUCUGUAAAUAUAUUUAAAUGGCCAUUAGCACAGAAGACUCGGUAUCGUAACAAAGUAUGUAAGGAUCUGAUUUAACGAAGAAUAGAAACGAUUGACGAAAUCGUAUGUAGGUAUUGAAUUUGGUUUGGUUUUGCAAUGGCUGGUUAUAGUGUAAGUUGCUUGUCCAAAAAAUGUUUGAUUGCGUUUAGAUAUGGCUCUUAAAUUAUAAUAAUUUUGAAAUCGCCUUAUUUAAAGAUAAAAGUAUAUGUUGCUGAGCUUUAUAAACGGUGAAAGCAAUAUUUAGAAAACAUCGUUUAUCGAAAUUUUGUCAGGAACUUUUUUUGACUGAGCCAUAUUCGAUAGCAGCUGUUUCAUUAAGUAUUACAAAGAUUGUACUCAUUGUCCGAAAAGAAUGUUCAAAGUAAUAAAUAGUCGAGUAAUUAAGGUUAAAAGAACGAGAAUGGAAAGCAAAGAAAUUAUUUUUAUGACUUAUUACUGCUUCACUUACGAAUAUAGGCAUAAAACGAAAGUGUUCAUAUUUUGUAAUAACGAAACGCAAUUUUGACGGUAAGAAUUAUCUGUUCAUAUAUGUAGAGUAUAUUUCUAGAUAUUUGUAUGUAUUUUAUUGAAAACUCUAUGGUGGUAUGUGUUGAGGUUUUAGCACAAUUUUCAGCUUAGUGUCGUCUUAACAUCGCAUAAUACAUUUGUCUUCAAAAAAAUAUAACACAAUAUAUUGAGUUUUUGAACAUGGGUUUGUAGCCAAACCAUCUACUUAACUUAUCUUGCACACAAAUGAUAAAAUAAGGGUGAAGGAUAAACCGUAAUUCCUUCAAUGACGCUCACUCCUUCUCUGUAUGAGAAGAAGCCUGUGCACUGCAGUGGGACAAUAAAAGGGCUUAUGAUGUUACUACUUAUAGCGUGGUGGCUAGUGGCUACUUACACAUUGUGGGCAAUGAAGGCAAGUGUGUGCCAACCCUUAUAUCAAAACAAAACGAUGUUAAUACGUCACAAAGUUGAAAUGUGCUUUCACCUUUAACCUAUCGAUUAAAUAUAAACUAAGAGAUCUCUGUAAAUAUUAUUAUUAGGCUAGUUCUAUUCCCUAAAGUUAGGUAUGAUAAAUGAGAAGUGUCUUAUGGUACAUAAUGCUUAAUUCGUAUUUUUAUAAAGACUAUAGUGUUUGAGAUUUAUAGAGAAUUUGUGUCUUUGCUAUGUUAGUAUGUCGCCGUGUAAAUAUUAAAAUAUUUUCACUCAAAUUACAAGAAUUAAAAAAUUGUAUCGUCAACUAUUGUAAUUGUAAAUAGGGGUGAUUUAAAAUAGUCAUAAGUUUUUCUUAAAUGAUAAAAAUCGUUCUUUUCUAAACAAAAACGAAGUUGGGUUCCGCAAUACGCAACUUUUUUUAACGAUAUCUGUUUCCAAUAACCUUUUUUGGCUAUAAUAAGUUUUUCAAUUUUUUGUCUACUUUGAAAUACUAGUAUGGACUAAUUCUUUGUAUCGACUUAAUUUUCAUUUUGAAGUCUAUGUCAUUUUCAGAAUCUUGGUUAGCGAGACUUGGCUGGGGCACUCCCGUGCCCCCAGAUUCCUUUCUUUUCCCCGCUUAUACAUUACCUUUCUAUUUACACAGCGACAUGCAAAGGCACGUAUUUAGUUGUGAGUGUUGAUGCUUUACGGAUAAUUUAUAUAAACCCGUUCUUAUUCCACUAUAUAAAUGGUGCUACAGCAACUCAGACAUGCUUACCGAAUAUAUAAUAUUAUAACAUAUUUUUAUAGUAUUGAAAUCUGAUCAUUUCUAUCUAUUUAUGGCAGGAUUGUGGUCAGAAUUUUAUGACACUACUAAUUUAAAUAAGGAUUAUUGGCAGCUCAAAAAUUGAUUGACUACAUUAUUUGCAUGAAAGACUCAAAAAGGUUGAUUUAUAAUAAUAAUUUUGUACAAAAUUCUGACCAUGGCCCUACCAAUAACAUGCUUUAAUUGGUAUAAUGCAAUAAUUUAUAAAUAAAUAAAUGCAUAAUAACGUCCAUAGUUGUAAUCACUGCCACAGCUUGGUACAAACUCUAUGGUGCUGGAUUGUCGCAAAUAAAACCUCAAUUUAUUGUCCAAGUUUGUUGAUGUAAUGUAAGCAAUAGUUUUGUUGGCGUAUGAACAGAAAUAUAAUAAUUAGAUAAAUUAUUUCAUGCAUAAUACAGUUGUUGAUAGCUAAAAACAGAAAAUAGGUCAGAAAUAUAUUCUUUAAUUUUUUCCCAACAACUAUAAUUUAUAUAGAUUGAUGUUACAGCCAACUGGAAUAGCUAGGCCCUUUGACUGGACAGCGUCAUUCAACCACACGUAUAUUCGUUUAGCCAAUUGGCUGCAAUAUAUUUUCUGCAAAAAUGAUAUUUAUGUAUUGAUUGAUUAAAUUAAAAAAAAUGAUUAAUACUGAGAAUCAUAAUUCCGCAACAAAAAUAAAUUGUUUAUUAAACAGCAUAUUUAUUGAACUGUGGAAAUAAUAUUUUUGACUUGGAUGUUUUGGUAAGUCCAGAAGAGACGACAAAUCAUAAGAUUUUUUGUAUGUUUAUGUAUUUCACAACAGUAAAUACCUCAUUUCGAAAACUAGCAUUUGUUGAAACUGUUUGUGCGUACUGGUAUUAAAUUAAAAAUUAAAAAAAUUGGCAUAAUCAUUACUUUCAUAUCAAACGUGUUUGUGUUUGUAUUCAUAUUUAUUUUGUCUUUCGCAAAUGUGUCGCUAUCGUAUAGUUGUGAUAAUUUACAUAAGUUUUGAAUGAGAAGUACAUAAAUACUUGUAAAUAUAACCAAAGAAAUUUAUGUAAGGAACCCGGUACGCAUCUUGUAUUCUUAGCUUAUUUCCUCUUUGGUCUAAAGUUUACGUAAUGUGUUGCUAGAGGAAAAAACGUAUGCUGAAUGAAAAUGGCAAAGUCUAUUCAUAAAGUUAGCCUUUAUUUUUAUUCCAAGACUGUGAAUUAUUAUAAUUAUUGUAUUGAAUUAUUAUAUCAAAAUUAGUUUCUAAAAGCUAGUUGAAUACUUCAUUUUUCCUUUAUUAUUACAUGAAAAAAAAAGAAAUAAAAAUAUUUCAUGAA